GAAAAUGAUGAGAGAAUAUUUGGAUGAAUUAUACCUUUAAAACGUAUUAAUGUGGACAUGGCCUUAGUCUAUUUAUCAUUGUAGAUGUUCAUAUUAAUAAAAUGAUCAUUGCAUCAGAAAUUCUAUGCAAGUUAUAAUAAAUUUGCUCUGAUCCCUGCAACAGGUGUGGUUUCAGAACCGUCGAGCUAAAUGGAGGAAAACGGCAAAAGCCACAGCGAAAAAGGUUCCUGCUAAUCGGGGGCCUCCUUGUGUCCAAGUCAACAGGCCACCAGUUUUCACAUGUCCAACUGUUGCACCUCAACAUUCCAAGUCUGGAAACACACUCCCCCCCUACAGUACCAUCCUUCCCAGCUGCACCAGUCUACCAGAUUCAGCUUGUGUUGAUGUGGGACCUUGUGUGUCUCAAGGAGGAUUUUUGGAGUACAUGCCCCCUCCCAUGCACAGUCCUCCCCCGAUUCGCCGUGCCUCCUUGCCUCUUAUCACGACAUACAACCACCCCAUUCACACUGUGUCCCUUCUGUUGGACACACCUGAACACAGUGAGCCCAGCUCCACAGACACAACGCCACUGAGCUUGCAGACCGACACUGGGUUUGACUAUGAUGGCUUGGGUUCCUCUGUAAACUACAUGACCUCAGCUCCUCAAAAUAGCACCUUGAAUUUCCAGCUAAACACAUUUCCUCAACAGUCCAACACCUUAUUAACUCAGCAAACUAAUACUCUCCUGCCUCAACAAACAAACAGUAUGUUAACCCAGCAAAGCACUUGUCUUAUGCCCCAGCAGACCAACAACAUACUAUUGCCCCAGUACUCCCACCUGUCCUACCUUACACCCUCUCCUUACCUCACCCCAAACCCCACUGAGGACAGCAGUGCUUCAUACAUGUCCCUCACCACAGGUACCAACAACACACUGCCUGCUUACACCAGUAGUGCACAUUUGUACCUUCAGUCUCAGAUGGGCAACCAGAUGCUUCUACAAUCAGGACUGCAAGCAUAUCAGGCCUACCCAUGGACCACUGAGGUGUAUAGUCAGUCGGGUCAGUAUACACAGGCAGUAUUUCAGCCACAUGGUCACGAGAGCCAUUACCCUCAGCUGCUGCCCCAGCAACACUACAUUGAGCUACAAGGAGCACCCCAGCCCAGCCUACCCAAACCCUCCCCUGAUCCCUUGCUGCCCAAUGUUAAGGCAGAGUCUGAAGACGUGGGGCAUGGCCAGCCAAUCAGAGUCAGCGUGGCAGAGCCUACUUUUCAUUGCGAUUUCUCACCGAUUCACUUUUGAGAGCAGCAGGGCACUGACAGUGGAGAUCUGCAGGCAGUAUUUUCAUUUCUUUAUGUGUGUGUCUUCGAUUUCUUUUGUUGCUGUGUGCAGACUCUAUUAAAAUAUCCUUUCUCUGAAUUUGUGUUUUGAAUGUGAUUUUUGGAUGUGCAUACCCAAAGAAAUGCAAACAGGAAAUCAAAGGAUCUAGGAUAGACUUUGAUGUU